AUGGAGAUUCACUCUGUCCUUCCAGAGGAACGAGCACGGGAUCAAAAAGGCGAAACCCUGCCAUGGGGCUACCGUUAUCCAGAUUCAUCACGAUAUGCACGACAACCAGAAGAAACUGGACCUUUCGGUCGGAACCGCAGUACAAGAGCUACAGGCUCACGAGCAUCAAGGCCGCGAACUGGGACUACGCCCUUGCGGCAAAAAGAGAGUUCAGCAGUUUCGGAGUUUGGAAAGUUGUUCACACAGGAGCAAGAGCGAGAGGCCGAGAGAACAAAGAGCUCCCUCAACACCCCCUCGGCAGAUGUACCCAGGAGCACAGAACCUGAUACUGUCCCAACCGAGUGCGUGCUGUAUGGAUACGCUGGCAAAAAAUCCGAAUGGAAAGUUCUGUCCAAGUUUGAAAGGAUUGUUUCGCCGGGAAUAAUCUGCGAGGACUAUUCAAGGGAAGACCCUAACCUCUUUCUCUCUUCGAACUCCCCGUUGGCCUUCUCCAGAUCAUCAAUAGUUGUGCGGGAAAAUCUCAGUCGCGAAGCAAUAAAGAAGAGCCGAGUUUACAUGGGUGGUCAACAUUGGAUCAAGAUCACAUUUGAUUCAUACCAAGCCGCAGAGCGAGCCAUCCACUACAGUCCUGUUGAGAUUGAUGGUUACCUAGUCCAUUGUGAGAUGUGGACCGGCAAGGGACCGGCAACAGAUGCUCCUUUACCCGUAGGCCCUGACGGCCAGGAUAGCGCCGAUUUGAUCAGACCUGACACAAGCCGGAAGGCUCGCACGCUGAGUUCUGGUCAAUCUGCCAAUAUCUUCGCGGGGUCCCAAUCUGCUCUAGCAGCGUUCGAGCGAGCCUAUCAGACUCUACCAAAGUCACAAACUUUACCAGACCUUCAAUAUCGCCAACCGGGUGUAUCAGACGAUUUUUCUACAACCUCUACCACAGCAUCUUCAGCAACAGCCACAGCCAUCUCGCCUCCUCAGUCACCCACCGCCACGUCAAAUUUGCGCUCUCGUUCUACACCUCAACUUCCGAGCCAAGUAAAAGACCGAACUUUCCAAUCAGAUUACAUGACGCACAUCAAAGUGAAGAAGGCGGUUCUGCGGCCAAUAUCAGAAGCAUUACCACCGCAGCCGUCCUUUGGAGAGCGGGUUCUUAGGAGUAUCCCGAUAGUAUCUUGGUUUGUGGGUGGAAAGAAGGGAACAACAGGGGCUAGUGAUGGAAUCAUCGGAGAAGGACCUUUGCUCAAGGAGAAUGGUGCUUGGGACCCAGCUAACGGCUGGUAUUGGUCGUUUUGGCAUGGCGUUGAUGGCUGGCUCGGGACGGAUUUUUGUGGGAUAAAGGACGAUUGA